AUGAUUCAUCAGUGCACCAUGGGAACCGGGUCUGUUAGAGCACCAAGACCUCAGGAGACCACCAUCACCUCCAGUGCGAAGGAUCCCUCUUUAGAAAUCUUGGAGAAACUGAAGAGAAAAAUUCAAGAUCUAGAGCAGGCGGUGAAAAACAAAGAUGGCCAAUUGAAGCAAAAAGAGGGGAAAAUAAAGAUGCUAGAGAAAGAACUAAAAGCAAAAUGUUCGCAAAUCGAUAAACUGCAAGAUGCUAUUGGUUACAACGGUGCUCCUCUGUCUCCAACUGUAAGUCAACGAAAGAAGCUGAUUAGUGUUAUAAAUGAAGAGCCAAAGCGAUUUGAAAAGGUGACAACUGAGAUCCACCGACGUUUAAAGGCAAAGGAAGGUGUGUCCGCAGAACCAACAUCAAGGAACUACUAUUGUCACAAUGUUCAAAAAUUCUCCAUCGAAAAGGCCCGAGUACAGAAAAGCUCCAGCUCCAAGAAAUUGAUAACUGAUGCAGUAAUGAAUAAUGAUUUCUUGAAAAAACUGGAGUUCCAACACGUGCGGGAAAUUGUGGAAUGCACUUAUGAACAGAUCUACCAGCAGGAUGAGCUGGUCAUACAGGAGGGAGAGGCAGGAAACCAUCUUUAUGUUCUAGCAGAAGGGCUAUUGGAAGUUCUGCAGAAUGGCAAACUGCUGGGACAGAUGUAUCCUGGAACAGCAUUCGGUGAGCUUGCUAUCCUCUACAACUGCAAAAGAACUGCUACAGUCAAAGCUGUGGUUAAGUCUUGGAUCUGGGUGCUGGAUCGGCAAGUUUUCCAGAACAUAAUGAUGAAGUCAGCACAAGCCAGACAAAAAGAAUAUUUCAACUUCUUGCGCAGUGUUUCUCUGCUGAAGGAUUUCCCUGAGGAAAAAUUGGCGAAGAUUGUAGAUUGCUUGGAAGUUGAUUAUUAUGAUGAAGGAGAAUAUAUAAUCCGCCAAGGAGAGGAGGGAAAUACCUUCUUCAUUAUUGCAAAAGGAAAGGUGCGAGUGACACAGAUGACAGAGGGAAUUGAAGACCCACAGGAGAUUAAGACAUUGGGAGUAGGAGAUUACUUUGGAGAGAAAGCCCUAAUAAGUGAGGAUGUCCGUUCUGCAAACAUAAUCGCUGAUGAAAACGACAUCCAUUGCCUUGUAAUAGACCGUGAUACCUUUAACCAGAUGAUUGGCACCUAUGAGGAGUUGCAAACAUCCCUGAAGAAGUAUGUGGAGCAGCUAUCCCGCAGCGAUGAGAAGAGAAAUGCAAUGCCACUCAUGCUGACAGCCCAGUUUUCCCCGGAGGAGAGUGAGAUUGUACGCCUGAGGGAGAAAGUCAUCAGGUUUUCAAACACUUGCCCUUUCAAAAAUUUAGACAUCGUUGCCACCCUAGGCAUGGGAGGUUUUGGACGUGUGGAGCUGGUGAAACUGAAGGAUGAAGAUACCACUUUUGCCUUGAAGUGUAUCAAGAAAAAGCACAUUGUGGAAACCCGGCAACAGGAACACAUCUAUUCUGAGAAGAACCUCCUGGCACAGACUAAAUCUCAAUUCAUUGUUAGAUUAUACAGAACUUUUCGAGAUCUCAAAUAUGUGUACAUGUUGAUGGAGGUGUGUCUGGGUGGGGAGCUCUGGAGUGUACUUCGUGACAUGUGUUUCUUUGAAGACUCAACAGCCAGGUUUUGUGUUGCCUGUGUUCUUGAGGCCUUUGAUUAUCUGCACAACCAAGGAAUCGUUUACAGGGACCUGAAACCAGAAAACCUAGUGUUGGAUGCAGAAGGAUACGUAAAAAUGGUUGAUUUUGGUUUUGCCAAGAAGAUUGGGCUAGGCAAGAAAACUUGGACUUUCUGCGGUACUCCUGAAUACGUUUCUCCCGAAGUUAUAAUGAACAAGGGACAUGAUUUUGGAGCAGACUAUUGGUCCCUGGGCAUUCUUGUUUUUGAACUACUUACUGGAAGCCCUCCUUUUACAGGACCUGACCCAAUCAAAAUUUACAACAUGAUUUUGAGAGGGAUUGAGAAGGUGGAUUUUCCAAAACGAAUUGGUAAGCGGUCUGAAGAUCUAAUCAGGAGGCUGUGCAGACUUAAUCCAACUGAGAGAAUGGGAAAUAAGAAAAAUGGGAUAAAUGACAUACGGAAACACAAGUGGUUUCAAGGUUUUGACUGGGAAGGCCUCAGAAAUAGGAGGAUGAAGUCCCCACUCACAAAAGAGUUGAAGGGACCUUCAGAUCACAGCCACUUUGACAGCUUCUCUCCGGAGAACAAUGAACCUCCAGAUGAGUUCUCGGGCUGGGAUAUAGACUUCUAAGCAAUGGUCACCAAGUGCAAUGUGUUGAGGAUCAAGGCUAAACGUUUUGAGA